UCCAUCUCCAAAAAAAAAAAAAACCUUGUCCUCACAUCUUCAGAAAACAGCAGUAGUACUCCAGAGGAGUGUGAGGAGACAAGUGAAAAGCCCAAAAAUAAGAAAAAGCAAAAGUUCCAGGAGGUUCCUCAGGAGAAUGGAAUGGAAGAUUCAUCUAUCUCUUUCUCCAAACCCAAGAAAAAGAAAUAUUUUUCCAAGGAGGAGCUGAUGAGUAGCAAUCUUGAAGAGAACACUGGCAGCACCAAUUUUCCCAAGAGGAAGCAGUCUUCACCCAAGGAGGAAACAGUUAAUGACUCCGAAAAGGCAACAGAAGUGUCUCCAAGAAAAAGGAAAUUCUCCAAAGAGGAGCCGGUUAGCAGUGGAUCCAAAGAGGCCACGGGCAGCAAGAGCAGCUCCAAGGAGGAGAAAAAGUUCCAUAAAGCAGCCCAGGAAGUUUAGAAUGCAAAUGGACAUUCUCUGUGAGGUGGGGCAUACCAUUUCCCACAUUUCCCACCCUGUGUGCUGUUCCCCAAUAAAAACAAAUUCACACACACACACACACACACACACACAAAUAUAUAAAAAUAAGGUUGCAAUAAAUGUUCUGUGACGUUCCUUCUUUCCAGGAUCAAACUUCUGUGAUUCUACUUCUAACUUCAUUCCCAGAGUGCCCUGUUGACCCUGACCCCUCAACCCUUUACAACUACGUCCACUGUAGUUGAAAGAUCUGUAUAUUUGAAGACAUCAAAGAGAUACCACUACUGAAGACGUACCACAACUGAAGAUGUACCAUUUUGGUUGCAGUGACUUCACACAAUCCAACCCACAAGUACAGAAAAUACCAGCCCAGUGAAAUGACAACCAUCAUGCUUUCUUUACUAUUCAUGUAAUAAUAGAUAUUAGCCUUCUAUUUGGACCAAGCGUGGCAGUAGGCACUGUGAGGUGUUUCCUAAGAAGAAUGUGAUCUGUGGUGUGCACCUGUAGUCCCAGCUACUUGAAAAACUGAGGUGGGAGGACUGCUUGAGACCAGGAGUUCAAGACCAGCCUGGGCAACAUAGUGUCACUGCACUCCAGUCUGGGUGAUGAAGUGAGACUCUGCCUAAAAAAAAAAAAAAAAAAGAAAAAGAAAAGUGGGGUUGGCUACAAGUUUUUAGGUGACUUAGAGCAAGAGUAGAAGGGGGAUAAUUCAGUUGGAGGAAGUUAAUUCAUAUAGAGCUUACGACUUCAAAACUCUUCUCACAUCUUAAAUAUUUUACUGAGUGCCUACUAUAUGAUAGGCACUGAGCCAGGUACUAGUAUUUCUUCUUUCAAAGUCACUGUCAGCCAUUCCAACAAUGUCCUCAUCAGCAUCUUACAACACUUGCCCUCUGUGUCCUUCCCAUGUUAUAAUCUUCAAUCAUAAAUUCAUCCAGCAAAUAUUUGUUGAGCACCUAUAACAUAACCAGCCCUGUGUUAGGGUUAGAGGAGAUACACACACACACAAACAUACACACACACACACACACACACGCUAUGCUUCCAGCUUCUGGUGCAGGAAUUAAAAAAAAUUAAAUAAUGGGAUAGAAUUAAAAUUCAAAUAUACUCUGAAAGAGACACAAAGAUAUUUUAAUACCUAAAAUAUCUAAUAAGGAAGAAAACCACUGUAAGAAAUUACAAGAUCAUGCUUCUCCCCUCUUAGAUUAACAGAGAUCUUUCUAAGCGUAAAAGCAAAGGAAGAAAGAAUAGUAAAAUGCCAAUAGUUCCAACCUCACAAUUUUUUAAAAAGUACACACACACACACACACACACACACACACACAUACUACACACAAUAUUGACAAACAUCUUUCAGGACAAUUGGAUGCUGUGAGUUUAUGAUUGAAUGAGGCUCUUUGCUAGAAACUGAAAGAUGAUGAAACAUCAAAAGGAAAACUGAAAGACAGAUUGAGGCUCAUAAACAUCUCAUCUAUCGGACACAGCAGGAACCUAAGCUAAAACCAGGGCCUUCUGGAGCCUGGAUCUGGAAUCAGGGUUGGGAAGAUAUCUGAGAUGAACCAUGGCUCUGUUUGAAGAUAGGGACUGACACGAAAGGAGACUGGAAAAAGUGCUGCAAAUCCUAAGAAAAAAAUUUUUAGAUUAUACAUCUAAUAAAGGGAUUUUCAUCUAGAAUGUAUAUAGAACUCUUACAACUCAACAACAAAAACAUAAUCCAAUUAAAAAUAUAAUGAGAUACCAUCCCAUACCAGCCAGAACAGCUAUGAUUAAAAA